GCGAUAACGCUUGCAGUGUCCAUCUCUAGCUGACCCGAUAACAUCGAUGAGCAGCGACAGAAAAAUAAGAAUUAAAGAAUGAGCCUAAAUUACGAACAAAAUGCAGCAGACGAGCAAUUCGCCCGGGCGCACAAGGCAGUUAGUCUGUCGGACGACGAGGAGAGCGAAGGCCUAGGAGAAUCCACAUCUUCCCGGGCUCAGGGAACAUCUGCUGUCAGUAAACCAGGCCAGGAGUUCUACGAUGAGCCGGGCGGGAAAGGUGAAGCAAGUGGUGGUAACGAUGAUGAGGAGGAGCAGGAAGCGGAAACUGCUGGAGGAGCGGCCAACACACAUGUGGUGGCCAACCACUACAACGAGCUGAAGGAGGCGGGCCGCAAGGAUCGCCAGAAGUCGAAGAUCUUCUUCAUGCGCAACUUCAACAACUGGAUCAAGAGCCAGCUGAUUAACGAGUACAUGUCGCAGAUCAAGCAGCAGAAACGCAUGGGCGAUGCUUUGAGGGUUCUGGACAUGUGCUGCGGAAAGGGCGGUGACCUCCUGAAAUGGGAGAAAGCGUCCAUUUCGCACCUCAUCUGCACAGACAUCGCCGAGGUGUCCGUGGAGCAGUGCCAGCGGCGGUAUCAGGACAUCCUGCAGCGAGCCGAAAAGUCCAAGUUCGCCAAUAAGUUCACCGCGGAGUUCUUUGCCUGCGACUCCACGUUAGUACGCCUGCGGGAAAGGUAUAAGGACCCCUCGCUGCAGCUGAAUCUCGUGUCCUGCCAGUUUGCCUUUCACUAUUGUUUUGAGUCCAUGGCGCAGGCGGAUUGCAUGAUGCGAAAUGCAGCGGAGUGCCUGAAACCGGGAGGUUUCUUCAUAGCCACCAUGCCAGAUGCUUACGAAAUCAUCCGAAGGUUAAGGGCAGCCGGUCCAGAUGCCCGGCGCUUUGGCAACGAUGUGUACAGCAUUGAGUUCGACUGUGAAACAGAUCCACUGCCCUUUUUCGGGGCCAAGUAUCAGUUUCACCUGGAGGGCGUCGUCGAUUGUCCCGAGUUCUUGGUGCAUUUCCCCACGCUGAUCAAGCUGGGCAGGAAGUACGGUCUGCAGCUGUUAAGGCGCUCCACAUUUGCGGAUUACUACAAGGAAAGUCUGCCCCACGGUAAACACCUCUUGCAGCGCAUGUCCGGCUUAGAGUCGGUUCAGGCCCAGCGUUGCGAAAACGAUGAACAGUUCGCCCACUUGCGGAACUUGCAGGGAUCACAGCGCGGGCGGCCGUUAGGCACCCUCUCAAAAUCGGAGUGGGAAGCAGCAACACUUUAUUUGGUUUGUGCCUUCAAAAAAUGCAAAAACACCUGGGAUACCAAUGGCAAACCUUUAUUUGAGUUUGACGACUGAUAACUGCCAAAAAUUUGCGUGUUAUAGGUUAUAUUUCUGUACCCAUGGCCCAACUCUUUUAAGGAUCAUACUCGAAAGCAUGAACAGAUUAUUGGUUGCUUAAAUGAUUAGUUCUUAAAGUAAAUUUUGUAAUAUUAAAGAAAUGAAUGUGUUCAUAGGUUUCAUUUUAAACUUACUGUAAAAUUUUAAAUUGGUUCACACAAAAACUUUAUUGUUCAAUUUAGCUUAAAUAUAACAACUGAACAGCAAAUACAAUUUUUUUAUUGUUUAUGUUUACAAUACAAAAACAACAAUCUAUUUUAUACAAAAAUAAAUUUUUUUACCUUACAUUUUUUCAAAGCCUAUGAAUGCGCAUAUGUAUCAAAUUUGUGUGUGUCAAUAGUUAAAGAUAUAAAAUUUAAUACUACGUCGGUUUUUAUUGUUUGGAGUGUGUACUGGUAGUUAAGAAAUUGUGAAAAUACCUUUGAAUAUUUUAUACGUAUACAGGAUAAGAAAGACACAUAUAAAACACUCUU